AUGGCCAUCGAUCAGAUCGUCACCGAACCCAGCCUAGGUGCUGUUCUCCAGAUCGCAGCCCACGCACGCGACCAGGCCGCCGAUCUCCUCACCCUCCUCUCCGAUACAAUUCAGUCUGACGCGGGCUCCCUCACGCCCGAAGCGCAAGCCAACGUCUUGAAGCAGCAGAAGCUCAUGUUCACCAACAUUGCACACCUGCGCGGUCUCCACCGCGUCGCCAAUCUCGAGGCCCGUGAGACCAAGGCCUCGACGGCAGAGGCAAGGCAAGAAGUCGAUCGUCUGCACCUGCAGCUCCAGAAUCUCUACUACGAGCAGCGACAUCUUGGUGGCGAAAUCUCUGCUUGCGAGUCCUACGAUCACAAAUACACGCAGCUGCCCCUUAUACCCGCCGAAGAGUUCCUCGAGCAGCACCCGGAGCAUGCGGACGCAGAUGAGAAUGCCCUGAUGGUCGCUCGAAUCGACCACGAGCGACGCGAGCGUGAGACUCUCGAGCAGCAAAGGCAAGAACUUUUGAAACGCAAAGCCAAACUCAUCGCCGAGAAUAAGAAGCGAAAGGAUGAUUUGGCCAACCUUGAUAAAGACCUCGAAAGGUUCAUCGACGCUGCCAAGCCCAUCCAGAAGCGUUUUGAAAAGGUCGUCUAA